AUGGUUACCAAUCCCACUCUAUAUCCUCCUGAUAUUACUAUAACCAUGGUUAGCAAGACUCAUUAUUUUAGAGCAAACUGUAUGGGUAAUGAUGAAUGUCCAUUGACAUUAGAUGAUGCUGGCGGCGUUUUAGGACAUGCAUACUUUCCUGACUCUAGCGGCACCUGUAGAGAAAUCCAUUUAGAUAUAAAUGAACGCUGGUAUUUUGGAAAUAAUCCUAAUAUACCCAAAAAUCAAACUAGUUUUCUUAUGGUGUUGGUUCAUGAAAUUGGACAUGCCCUCGGCAUAGCACAUAGUGCUUCUCCGAAUGCUAUUAUGUUUGCCUUCUAUCAGCAUGAGAUUCGUGGUCUAGAUGUUGAUGAUAUAAAUGCAGUACAAUAUCUAUAUGGAAGAAAAAACAAAUAUGAUUCAAUCCCAAAGUCUACCACCGCAUCAGCAAUACCAAAAACAACAACAACUAUAAGAUCUACAACUCCAAAAUCCGGAAAACCGCAUAGUAUCGGAGAGAAGUUAAUUUUGCCAGCCGUUGAAGAGGUUUUAAAAAUUGUUUUACACAAACCUGCAUCUGAUAUCAUUAAAAGAAUUCCCUUAAGCAACAAUACUGUUGAAAGACGUAUUGAUGAAAUGAGUUCUGAUAUUGAAAGCUUCUUAUGUAAUUAUUUGCAAACGACUCAUUUCUCUAUACAACUGGAUGAGUCAACUUUACCUGAUAAUGCAGCAUUAUUAUUGGCAUAUGUUCGUUUUAUUAUGAAUCAAGAAAUCUACGAAGAACUGCUCUUCGCAAGAACUUUGAUAACCGACACUAAAGUUAAUAUUUGA